UAAUAUAUCUUAGCUAUUAGUGUAGUUAAGCUCAUUUCUAUUUAGUUACUUAGCAGUACCUACAGUCAUAAGUUUUAGUUUGAAAGUAGUUUUCAUACUUUUAGUUUAUAGUUUAACUAUUUAACAUAGUUUAGAAUAUAAAAUAAUAUAUCAAAAAAGUUUUAAUAAUGGAUACAGUGAAAAACUUUUUUGGUCAUCUUGAUGCUUUUUGUGAUCAAUAUGGAGAUUCAAGAACUAACAAUUGGCCAUUGGUACAAGGCAUGACUUCAACAUUAACGUGUGUUGCAAUUUAUUUAUAUUUAGUUUUAUACUUAGGACCCAAAUUUAUGGAAAAUAGAAAACCGUUUAAAAUAAUGCCAAUUAUUAAGGUUUAUAAUAUAUUGCAAUUGAUAGCAUGUAUUACAAUAUUUUACAUGAUAAUUAUUUCUGGAUGGACUACUGAGUACACACUUGGAUGCGAACCAGUCGAGCAUACAUCGCCAACAUCAAAUCGCUUAGCAAAAUUGUUUUGGUGGACAUAUAUGUUAAAAUUAGUGGAAUUUUUAGAAACGAUAUUUUUUAUUCUUCGAAAAAAAACAAACCAAGUAUCUGGUCUACACGUUUAUCAUCAUGCAUCUACAUUCAUUUUAGCUUGGGCAGCUACAAAAUUUUUUCCAGGUGGCAUGGCGUCUUUUCCAAUUUUAGUCAAUUCUUUCGUACACAUUGUAAUGUACUCAUAUUAUGAAUUGUCAAGUUUAGGCCCACACUAUAAAAAAAUAGCAAAUAAGUUCAAAAAAUACAUAACAAUGAUACAACUGAUUCAGUUUGGAAUCCUAGUAAUUCAUACACUUCAAGCUGCAUCGUCUACUUGUGACAUUCCUAAUUGGUAUGUUUAUGGAACAGUUCCUGACAUAACUGUUUUAUUUUAUCUUUUUUAUAAGUUUUAUAGAAAAACAUACAAUAGAAAAAAUAAAUCUGUCGAGCCAAAUUUAUUUGUAAAAAACCAAUAAAUUAAAUUGUAAUUAUGAGAUAUAUUGGACUUAUAUAAAAAGUGUUAAUAAAAAAUUUUCUAGAAGUUGUUUAAAAAGAAUUUAACUAAAAUGUAAAUUUUUAUAUGAAUCAAAUGUUAAGAACAAUAAUAUUUAUUAUCAUUAGCCAAAAUUAUAAAA